UGCGGGAAUGUGGGCUGGAGCGGUCCUGCAGCGGUACCAGCCUCCAGCCUGUCGCCUGGACUGCCCCUGACCCAGGCGCCCCGCUGCUCGGUGGCAGGAGGGCCGGCGGAGCGCCAUGGCCUGCAUCCUGAAGAGAAAGUCUGUGAUUGCAGUGAGCUUCAUAGCAGCCUUCCUCUUCCUGCUGGUUGUGCGCCUUGUGAAUGAAGUGAAUUUUCCAUUGCUACUAAACUGCUUCGGACAACCUGGUGCAAAAUGGAUACCAUUCUCCUAUACAUACAGGCGGCCCCUUCGAACUCACUAUGGAUACAUAAAUGUGAGGACGCAAGAGCCUUUGCAACUGGACUGUAAGCUUUGUGCCAUAGUGUCAAACUCAGGUCAGAUGGUUGGCCAGAAGGUGGGGAACGAGAUAGACCAGUCUUCCUGCAUUUGGAGAAUGAACAAUGCCCCCACCAAGGGCUAUGAAGAAGAUGUUGGCCGCAUGACAAUGAUUCGAGUUGUAUCCCAUACCAGCGUUCCUCUUUUGCUGAAAAACCCUGAUUAUUUUUUCAAGGAAGCAAAUGCUACUAUUUAUGUUAUUUGGGGCCCUUUCCGCAAUAUGAGGAAAGACGGCAAUGGCAUUGUUUACAACAUGUUGAAAAAGACUGUUGACAUCUAUCCCAAUGCCCAGAUUUACGUGACCACAGAGAAGCGCAUGAGUUACUGUGAUGGAGUGUUUAAGAAGGAAACCGGGAAAGACAGUCUAAUCCUGUCUGGUGCUUCACUGAGUACUGCAACCAGACCAAAGAAGGCAUCUAUGCUAGAAAUGAGCAUAACGGAUGGUUUUGGUAAAAUCUGGUUGGAUGACAAAAGGUCGACCAAAACGACCUCAAGGGCAGCAAUCUCCACAAUGAUUUAAAUCUGUACCCUAAAUUUAGCUGUGUGGAUUU